CAAAAAUUAGAUAAGUUCUUAAUGGAUUUAGCCCAGGUUAAGCAAGUAUCAAAAUCCGAUCUCAAAGCCUUUUUAGCCGAGGAUCACACUUCUUUCUCAGUCUUGAAUGUCAUGCUAAAAUCGAUUCAAAGUACCGGUCGCACUAGUAUUACCUUAUCUAAAAACUCAGCUAAAUCUUUUUAUUUAAACCAACCCAAAAAUCAGUCUACUGCUGCCGGACAAUCUCAACCACAAUUACCAGACGAUUGCCUCCAAGAUGCUCAAAACUGUGACUUCUUCCAAUUCUUCAACCGCAAAGAGAAAAGGCUCUACAUCCGCUUCUUAGAUAAAGUGGAAGCAAAUUUUGAAGGGACGGCCGCUGAGCAACCUUUACUCUUCUUAACUCUCACUUUUAACACCACCCAAGACAAUCUUUCCACCUUUACCACUAACACGGAUCCGAACAAUCCCUGUUGA